AUGGCCAGUCAAGCCGAUCGUUUCGACGCCGAGAAGGCGCAAACGCAGCCAUCACCUCAGCCAACGACCCCUGUUUCCGGCUACCAUGCGUCCGACGACGACAGACCUGCUGACCUGUCCGUGACCGCCCGGUUCGCUGCACGGCUUCGAUUGUUCGAGCAUAUUCUGCUCAAGUACAACAUCGAGACUCGAGGGAUACAAAGAGUAGAAGAUCACGAGAAACAGCACCACUCGUGGUUUACCUACCUCCAAGUUUUUGUGCUGUGGACUUCGAUCAAUCUGGCUAUAAACAACGUGACGUUGGGCAUGCUAGGCCCGGCUGUGUACGAGCUGUCCUAUACAGACUCGUCACUUUGUGCUGCUCUGGGCGCUCUCUUGGGCUCCCUGCCUGUGGCCUGGAUCGCAACGUGGGGACCAGUUUCCGGCAUCCGGACAAUGGUCUGGGGAAGAUAUGCCAUGGGCUGGUAUCCCAGCAAGUUGAUUGUCAUUCUGAACAUCGUUGUCAUGCUCGGCUACUCUCUACUGGUGGCCAUCAUUGCUGGGCAGGUGCUCUCGGCCGUGUCCCCGAAUGGAUCGAUGUCUGUGGUCGUCGGUAUUGUUAUUGUCGCCGUCAUCACUUGGGCGGUUACGACGUUUGGGAUCGCCGUGUUUCAUUACUACGAACGCUUUGCCUGGUUGCCACAGCUCAUCGUUUUCUCCAUCUUGUACGGUGUGGCGGCCAAACAGUUCGACACGACGACACCCAGCGUGGGAGAUAGCCGUACUGUCACUGGCAACCGGCUAUCCUUUUUCUCGAUUUGCGUCUCUGCUGCCAUUACGUACUCUGGUCUCGGAAUGGAUUACUUCGUCUACUGGCCAACUACGACUUCACGACCAUUAAUCUUCACCAUGACAUUAUUGGGUCUAACACUUUCCUUCACUUUUGCCUUCGUGCUGGGGGCAGGAAUUGCCUCGGGCAUUUACAAGUCUGAAGCAUACAUGAACGCAUGGACCAAUUCACAGGGCGGUUCAGGGUCGGGGGCUUUACUGGUCGAAGCCUAUUCUCCAUUGGGCAAUUUUGGAAAAUUCUGUGCUGUCAUUGCUGCAUUGGGCGGUAUUGCGAACAUGAUCCCACCGACAUAUUCGUCUGGAGUUGACUUCCAGAUGCUCAAUCGGUACUUUGACAGCGUCCCGAGAGUCAUCUGGAACACUCUUGGUGUCGUAAUUUACACUGUAUGCGCUUUAGCCGGACGCAACAACCUGGGCGUCAUCUUUACUAAUUUUCUCGCGUUGAUGGGGUAUUGGGUCGCCAUAUGGGUAGCGAUUCUCCUUGAAGAGUUCCUCAUAUUUCGAAAAGCAAAAACAUCAAACUACGACUGGCAUCUGUGGAACCGCAGAGAAAAGCUUCCAGUCGGUCUUGCAGCCCUUGUGGCAUUUCUGAUUGGUUGGGCGGGCGCGAUUCUCUGCAUGGCUCAGGUUUGGUACACUGGACCAAUUUCUAAAUUGGUCGGUGAAUAUGGCGCCGAUAUGGGCAACUACGUCGGGUUUUCCUGGGCAGCUUUAGUCUUCCCGCCCCUACGAUGGCUUGAGCUGAAACGUUACGGAAGAUAG